AUGGGUUCAGAUGUACGUGACCUAAACUCCCUGCUGCCCCCGGUCCCGGCGGGCCCCAGCCCUGGCUGCCCGGCCCUUCCCGUCAGCACGGCCCCUCAGUGGGCUCCUGUCCUGGACUUCCACACCGCCCCCUCCCCUUACACCUCUCUGGCUGCUCCCCACUCUUCCCUGGGGGCCCACUCCUUCAUCAAACAGGAGCCCAGCUGGGGGGCCGCCGGUGACCCCCACCACCACGAUGCAGAUCCCCAUUGCCUCAGUGCUUUUACCGUCCACUUCUCGGGGCAGUUCACGGGGACCGGGGCCUGCAGGUACGGUGCAGCGUUCGGGGCACCACCUCCUCCGCCAGCCCCGAGCCAACCGCCACCCGUGGCCGCCCCGCACCACCACCAGCCCCCCAGCAGGAUGUUCAGCAACCCGCCGUACCUGACCAACUGCAUGGACACGCAGCAGGCGGCCCGCAACCAGACAGGUUACAGCACAGUUGCAUUCGAUGGAGCCGGUAAUUACGGUCACACUCCUACACACCACAGCUCGCAGUUCUCCAACCACUCCUUCAAACAUGAAGACGCUUUAACUCAGCAGAACACGAUGGGUGAGCAGCAGUAUCCUGUACCUCCUCCUGUCUAUGGGUGCCACACACCUUCAGAUAGCUGUACGAGCAGCCAGGCUCUGCUUCUGAGGAACCCUUACAACAGCGGUGAAAAUUUAUAUCAAAUGACCUCUCAGUUGGAGUGUGUGGCAUGGAACCCUGUCAAUACACUGGCAUCCACCAUAAAGAGCCACGCAGCCAGUUAUGACAGUGACCCCAGCACCCCGAUGGUAUACAGCUGCAGCACGCAGUACCGCAUACACACACAUGGAGUCUUCAGGGGAAUACAGGACGUGCGGCGGGUGCCCAGCAUCGCUCCAGCCAUCGUGCGGUCAGAAAGCAGCGAGAAGCGCCCGUUCAUGUGCGCCUACCCAGGAUGCAACAAGCGCUACUUCAAGCUGUCCCAUCUGCAGAUGCACAGCCGCAAACACACAGGGGAGAAACCCUACCAGUGUGAGUUCACAGACUGUGGCCGCAGAUUUUCGCGCUCUGACCAGCUUAAAAGACACCAGAGGAGGCACACAGGAGUAAAACCGUUCCAAUGCGAGACGUGUCAGAGAAAGUUCUCUCGGUCUGACCACCUUAAGACACACACACGGACUCAUACAGGUAAAACAAGUGAGAAGCCGUUUAACUGCCGGUGGCCUAACUGUCAGAAGAAGUUUGCCCGAAGCGAUGAGCUGGUACGACACCACAAUAUGCACCAGAGGAACCUCACCAAGCUCCAGCUGUCCAUCUGA